AUAUUAUUUUCAUUUUUAAUGCUUCGCGACAAUUUUUUGUUUAUGUCUUUUGUUGACGGGUUUUUGUCGUUUGUAAACUAGUUAGAAAAAUGCUUUGGUGUCUGAUAUACGAGCCAAAUGGCAUUAUCCAUGAAAUGCACUUGAAUAAAAACGCUAAGGGACAUGAAUGCUUCGAUAAGAUUUGUGAAAGACUAAAGCUCUACGAAAGAGAUUACUUUGGUUUGAGAUACAAAGGACCAAAACGGACUGAAAUUUGGCUAAAUUUGCGAAACACGUUAUCGGGACAAGUGCACGGAAAGCCGCCGUAUCGUUUCUGGUUUCUGGUAAAAUAUUUUGUGAAGCCUCAAGAAUUACAACAAGAAAUAACAAGACACCAAUAUUUUCUGACUUUGAAACUGUAUCUGAGACGCGGACGUUUCGACCUGACAUCUCUUCCUACGCGAAGUGUUGCUGAAGUUUGCGCGACAUUAGCCCAGGCAGAAACGGGAGACUACAAUCCGGACAAUGUGCCCGAUUACUCCACGUAUUUACCUUUGUAUAUUUGGUCUUUGCUAACGAAAUCUUGCGAUCUAAAAAAGGAAGUUUCAAGCGAGCAUAACAAACUUGUUGGUCAAACCGCACGGGUCGCAGAAGUGAAUUUACUGCAUCUAUUGUCAGUUGUUCACGGCUAUGGCAUUGAGACAUUUAAAGGUCGAUAUACGGCUGAUAAUUAUGGGAGGAAACUCAAGAUAUUGGUCGAUACAGAUGGUCUGAAAGUGUACAGCAUUAUCAGAGAGUAUGAUGCAAAAUUGGGCAAAGAAGUGGUUAGAAGCGUCCUCGACCGAAGGAUUCUGUAUGAAGAUGUUUCAACAGUGUCUUACAGCACACAUAAUUUUACUGUGGUCUAUGGCUCUGGUGUGAACACAACCAACCGUGUUGUUUUCAAACUGAAAAGUGAACUUAUGGCCAUUUCACUUUUCCGUUCAUUUACUGAAUUCCACACUUUCUUCAACUGCAGCACAGUCAAGAAAUCUGUCAUCGACCAAACCACACGAACAACAUUUGGGAAGUUUGUAACAAUAUUCCACCCACACUCCACAGUUGGCGAGAUGUAUUUGUUUGAUAUCCUACGCACAAGAAGGCAAGCAUACACUCGAUCUUGGAGUAUACUGAAUGAACAGCUGAAUGUCAACAAAAGAAGGCACCAACCAACAGAAGAUGGCUCCCAAAACCCAGAUUUCCGUCCAGUGCAAUCACCACUAUCUAAUCGACGUUCUGGAACCAAUGAUGACAUUGUCAUAGACAUUACUAAAUCCCCACGAGGAAAGUUCACAACACACGAAAAUCUUAAUGAACUGUCUAAUGAGGAUCUUAAGAAGAUCGUCAGAGACCUUGAAGAUUCUCGCAUUUGUCAAGUUUGUAUGGAUGAGGAAGUUGCAACUGCAUUCUGUCCUUGUGGACAUGUUGUUUGCUGUUCAGAAUGUUCCACCAUGUGCAGGGAAUGUCCAAUAUGUCGAAGUCAAAUCACAUAUGCACAAAGAGUCUUUUUCUCCUGUGAUUAGUGUUGAUUGUCAAGAUGUUCCAAAUCAUUGUCAUGGAAUUUUUCCAAUUACAUCUUGUCAUACUUUCAGCAUGUUAACCACAUUCCCCAAUGUUUAAAUUAAUACUGAUUGAAACUGCAAUAUAAUUGUACAGCUUAUUUUUUACAAUGUUCAUUCAAUGUAUAGUUAUAUUUAUAAUAUAUUGUUAAAUAGCA